UUGCAACUGAAAGCUGCAUGGAUUCAUGGAUCGGAGCUUUUUGUCUGUGACCCUUUGGGCUCAGAUUCGCAGUGUCCGCCCACCCGUCGUCGGGCCGCGGCACCCGGCCCACCGCCAUGAGUUCCAGGGUUGGAGCACCUCUUCGGCAGGCUUUGCCACCGGGUCUUUGUGCAGUUCUAGUGUUGGCAUUUGGUGCAAAUGCAAAGACGUGCUUGCCCAACGGGAUUCCUGAGCAGAAUCGACUCUAUGUGUCGAAUGCCACCGAUCAACCGAGUCCUAUCCGCUUCGUGACAUAUAACUGGGAUUCCGCCCGGGUGAUCAACCACGUGGCAGAGAUUUUGGUCUCCGAAGUCUUGGGUUUCCAUGUCUUACGAGAUCCCGGCAUCUUUUUCUGGGCGACCGAUGGCAUCUUGAAACUCGCAGGUUGUCAUGACAUGGCCUGUGCAGAGCCCAAUGCAAAUGCACCACGGGCAGAUGUCUUGUUGGAUACGUGGUUGGACACUGCGCUGUUGUUCUUUCACGAAUUCCAAGCCAAAAAUGGCCCGGUUGCUCCGGAAGACGUGGGUUCCAUGGGUUACGAAGGAAGAGAUGGACUGUAUGUUACACAGGAAAUCCGAAGGUUGGCUUUCGCUGACUCUGGCCUUCCCUUAGAAUAUUACACGAGCUACAACCUGUCCUUCCACGAACCUCAGAAAUACUUUGACACAGUUUGGAGCUUGCCCACCACUUCUUUGUUGAACUGCACUGACACCUUCUAUGGUCUACCCUUAGAAUUCCGUGUGUCCAGCGCAAUGCAGAAUUAUUUGCGGUGGACAGGAGACUCAGAAGGAGUCAUCCAGCAGAAUGGCGAAUACUUUGCAAAGUGUUCAAGUGAACUACCUGCUUUUUGGAUUGCGCCUUCAUGCCGGCAGAAUGUGUCACGAUGCAUCCCAGUGAUUUGCCAGGGGCAGGGCAAGGCAGAAGUCUUCAUGCACUGGGCGUCGGCCUACGGAAUUCCUUUGGCAAUUUCCCAUCGGACAACUGCAAGUGCCUUCACGAACCUUGUGGACCAGUUCCGGUUUCUUUUUCAGUGGUAUGAACCAGAUACAACUCUCAUCCACAAGGGGCCCACCCUGGUGAUCCUGCCCGAGUACAGCCCCAGUGCCUGGGCUGCCGGAGACUUCCGGACAAGUGCAACUUCUUCGCACAUCGCAAAGCUGGUUUCCCAAAGCCUGGAACUCUCUAGCCCAAGGGUGAGAAAGUUCAUUGAGAACAUGAAGAUCGAACUGUCACAAGUGGUUGAGCUGAUGGCACCCAAUGGCAUCUCGCAACACGAUCCGGUGACUUUGCUCACCCCCAGUGAUCUUCAAUGGAAUUCUGCCUGCAACUGGAUCAAAGCCAACGGUCACCUUUGGCAGCAGUGGAUUCCUGUAACGACAGACUGCGCCAGGGGUUUUGGCAUCGUGAAUGCCGAUGCAACUCAUGUUGCGCUUCGCAGCGAAGCUGUGGCCUGCGAGGUUUGUCCAGUCGGACGAUUUUCCACCGUCCUCUCUGACGAGAUCGGAACGACUUUCGUGUGUCGGGCGUGUGAAGCAGGUUGGCAUCAGAGUGUUGCGGGGCAAACAAGUUGCUUGCCAUGCAAUCCGGGCAGCUUCACCGCUUUGACUGGGGAGGCACUUUGCUCUCCUUGUGAGCGAGGUAGUUAUGGAAUCUCUAGCGCAGCCACCAGCUGCUUGCCCUGUUCUAGCGGAGGGAACGAGCAUUGGACAACAAGCAAGGAAGAUGAAAUGGACUUUAGAUGGAUAGAAGUGGAAGGAGCAACAUCUCAAGAUUUCUGUCACUGUCUUCCAGGAUGGCAUUUGUCCCCUGUCAGUGGAGAUUGUGAACCUUGCAUGGAUGGAUCUUCUUGUGUGGGCGGUGGAGUGUUGCAGCUGCUUCCAGGCUACUACUCUGCUAAGGGUUCACCAGGUUCGGUACUCCGUUGCUUCGGUGAUGCAGCUCGCUGCCCUGGCGGAGAUCCGGGGACCUGUGCGGCGGGGAGGGAUAGCUCCUCACCCAGUUGCAGCUUGUGCUUGCCAGGUUUGCAACCCAACGGUCCAGGCUGUGUCGAAUGCACUGGAGGAGACUAUGCUCAGCUAAUAUUCUUGGGGCUGCUGAUUUUGACUCUCACGGGGCUCUCGCACAUCGUGAUUGCAUUGCAGCAUCAGAGCAGUGGUGUGCUGCAUUUCCGACUCUUGGCCUUGGCCUUGUGCAUGAAUCAACUCAUCACUUGCUCUCAACUCUUCUCCGUGAUGGAGCAAGUGCAGGGGAUCGUCUUGGAAGAACCUUUCGUGAGUUUUCUCGAAUUCUUCUCAUUUCUAUCGUUGGAGGCAGUCCUUGGCUCGGUGCGAAGCAUCAGCUGUGUCACUCGUGUCAGUGCAGAAGUGAACUUGCUGAUCCGGACGUUGUUGAUACCAUGUUUCUUCGCUCUUGGGCCUUUGGUGGCGCAAGUGGUACUUCGAGCCAUUCUUGCCGUCCCCAAGAUCACUUUGCCAAAGACCUUUGGCUUUCUCUCCUUGCUCUUCUACAUCACCCUCUCCUCAACAUUUGUCGAGCCAUUUCGCUGCAAUUUGCAUCCCAACGGCUUGCGAACCCUACAGACGCGGCAUGAGGUCUUUUGCAACUUCUCAGGAACUCAUCUGAACAUGUGCGUGAUUAGCUUUGUGGUGUGUAUUCCACCAGUGGGUUUCCUCGCCUUGUGCUCCUAUGUCUUGUUGGUGAUGUUCCCACGUCGUGUCAAUGACGCGGAUGCUCACUUUGUGCGAACUUGCUCGUUCUUGAUCACACGCUUCAAGCCCGGCUGCGAGAACUUCACCAUCGUUUUCCUGUUCCGAAACCUGAUGUUCGUUCUUGCACCGAUGAUGCCUGCAUCAGGUUGCCUCUUUGUGAUGGGUAUCUUGUUGGUGACGAGCAUCAUAUUGGUCGCCUACUUUCAGCCUUGGCGUUCUUCGGUGGCUUCGCAGCUCGACAUAGUCGUCCAACUGAUGCUCUUGAUGAUCUUGUUGCUGAACUCCCUCACAGUGCAAGAUGUGAAUGUGCAGCUCAUCAUGAUCCUUUGCACACUUUGUGCCUCUUCACUGAUAUUUGGUAUUCUGGCGACCACGGUAUACUUCCUGGUGCAAUUUGUUGCGUCCAAGUUCCGCAAGAGGUUUGCCUUCUUCUUGUGUCAUCAAAGGGGGUCGAGCUCUGGCUUUGUGCGACUCCUCAAGAUGGAGCUGAAGAACAAAGGGUGUUCCUCUUUCGUGGAUGCUGACAACCUCACUGAUCUAUCGCAGCUCUUCCGCUUUGACCUUGCUGGAUGUGCCUUUGAUGUCACUAUGACAGGCUUGGCUUCUUGGCAGCCGUUGGACGAUGGCAGUGCUUGCAAUGAGAGAGCUAUGAGUAUGAGAGUGCAGAGUCCAGCUCAUGGCUGCCAGCUCGAGACGACAUCCAUCAUCGUCCACGGGGCUCUUGAA